GCGCUGGCGGAGGUUCAAGGUGUGCAGUGCUUGAAGGAAUGGAACGCAUUCAUUGGCCUGUAAUGGCCUAUGCUGUAAAGUCAAGGAUCAGAGCACGCUUCCUCAGAGCAGUUUAAAAAGGAGCACAUUUUGAUGUGGCAGUGCUGUGGAAAUAAUAUGGUAGGAAGAGGCUUUGCUGUGGCAGUAGAGUGUGCCAGUCUUGUGGCAGUAGAACAGGUUUGGUGUGGCAGUAGAAGGUUUGAUGAGGUUUGCGGUGUGGCAGUAUGAGAUUUGAUGAGGUUUGCCCUGUGGCAGUGGAACAGGUUUGGUGUGGCAGUGCUGUGGCAGUGGUGUGGCAGUGCAAUGUUUGAUGAGGUUAGCAUUGUGGCAGUAUGAGGUUUGAUGAGGUUUGCGCUGUGGCUGUAGUAUGUCUCAGUAGUGUGGCAAUACAGGGUUGUCUCUUGACAUCCUCGCCAUAGAGGUUUAUGGUAGGGAAACUCUCCAAGGCUAAUUUAUACUACCCUAGCAUAUGUCACGGGGUAGGUUGUUAAGACGUUGUUGAGAGCAUUCGCAACCUGGGGGUCGAAGGUCAGAUUCUUUUGUAAAAAGCCUUAGGACUUACGUUUAUGCGGGAAACAUUGGCUUUGAGCAUCGUGCAUGCCAAGAGCAGAAUUUGUGUUGGUUUCCGACUUCGGAAUUUUGCUUCAUUGCUUCAACCAUCACUUCGUGUGUGACAAUUAUAUACAUGUAUAUAGCGUCAUUGUUCAGGUUCAUGUCGCAGAAGGUGCGACUUCAGGUUCAAUAUGCACCUCAAGUGUUGUUUGCUGGGUGGCAGGGGUGUUGAAGAUGUGGAGCUGUGAGGGACAGAGUCCAAUAGAACUUUGCUUGUCAGGACAUUGCUACAAAAGGAGCAGCAGGCUUUUGCAGUUGGAGCGCUGGUUGUCACAUGCGUGAAAACCGGGGAAGACAGCGCCACAAGACAAUGGUGUAUACAUGUUGGAAUGGUGGAUAGAUAGAUUGUAGGGCCUAAGAUAGCCACCAUUUGCCUGCGGAGGCGGCAAGGCCUGUUUGGCUUCAAGCUGCUGAAGAAGAUACGGAAGUGCCAUACAAACUUGUUCAACAGUCGCUUGAGCGUGCUCAUCACUGGCCUGGCUUUACAUUGAGAACCCUGCAAGGCCUUGGGCACGACAUCGGCCAGCAUGAGGCCACACUUCUCAACGAUUUUCUGAAAGCACACGCGCAGGAGAUGGAUUUGUCGUUGUUAAAACUCGGUUUCACUUGGAUCUCCGAGGUCAUUGGACUCAGCCCUUUCUUUAGGAUCCACCAUGAUCACAAUUCAAGCAGACUUGCACCUGGAAGAGACGUGUUGAGGAUGCCUAUUUCGAAGUUGAUAUGAACGACGCAUUUGAUGAGUGGGAUGAUUUGGAAUUGGACAUUGAUGUUGGUCCGUCAAUCCCAGGCAUAAACGCCUAGAGGCAUCAUCCAAAAUAUCAAAAGUCUUCAAACCAAAUCAAGGCAAACCUGAAGCCUUGAUUUAAGUAGGUCGACAACAGUGGGCCAAAGAGUCUUUGCUUUCUUCCGGUUUCAUUUAUCAGCGGUCUGGCAACAGCCCUGGCCUCACAGGGG